AUGACCUUGCAUCAUAAACUUUUGCUCGAUUUUGUAAAAGCUGUUCAAAUCCGUCCGGAAGUUUACGAAGAUCACAAUGCGAAAGAUGCUGAGAAAGCAUGGGAAGUUAUAGCAGAUCAGUUCGAAAUCACAGUUUCGGACGCCAAAAAACAGUGGUUAGAAUUGGUUCGGAUACACCGAUUUAUGUACUUGGAUCUGCCUGAUGAAGCAUUCAAGGUCAUAGCUCCCAAGGAGGAUCCACGUUGGCAAACGGCCACUCGACAGACCGCAAUUACACUAGCACACUUCCUGCAAAAUGAUCUCAAAUUUUUAUUCAAAGAUGAAACAAUUAUUUAG